AGCCAGAACCACGUAUGCUGGUUCAGACUAACCAAACAGAGUCGGAACCACAUAAGCAACAAAAGUCCUCCAGACAUCAUCAUUCCAAAUCGUACAAGAUUCUUAGGGAGGAAAUAAAAGAAGUUCGGAAAGACUUGGUGAACUUGACUACCAUGGUUCGUCAGAUGGGAGAUACAUUUACUGUCCAACAUCAUUUGAUGGGCCAACAACUGAACGAGAUAAAGAUGAUGAUCCAUCAUCUAUGUGAGGAACCUCAUAAUGAUGAUGAUCCCCCACAGACCGAUGCACAAGGUCCCCCUCAAACCCACCAAGAAACCCACAAUGAACAGCCAGCUGGGACGAUCAGUGAGCAGUCCAAAACUAUCAACGAUCAGGAUUCAAUAUCUGAAUUGAUGGACACCUCUAUCAAUGAACCAAAUGUCAAUGAACAACUAAUUCCUCAAACUGCUAAUGAAAUAUUGGAGUUGGUUGUGGGAACGUCAAUUGAAGUGUUCAGUGUUAGGGUCCAUUUCAAUUCAAGGAUGUCAAUUGAAAGGAUGCCACUGAAGUUGAGGUACGACUAUUGCAUGAACAAACCAGAGCGUCGGAAAAGGAAAAAAACCCAGCCAAGUUCACACCUGAGUGUUUCAAAAAGGGGAAGAAGUUUACAACUCAGCCCCAACAUUCUCAACCCCAAUCUUCUCAGCCCCAUUCUCAGCCACAUUCAGAAACAAUUCAACCUUAUUCACCUCCAAAAUCUCCUCAGCCCCAAGAAGAAGCUGAAUCACCUAUAGUGGCACUGAAAUCGGCCAUCGAUGUUAUCAAUCUCA